AUGCCCGAAGGAAGAGACCCCAUCCCCCCGCUUCAGACCUGGAUGGAGGACCAUAUCAUGUUCCCCUAUCAGGCUGGCGUGAAGACCCCCUUGUGGAAGAAGGAGCUGGAGCAGCCCGGGACCAGGGAGGCGGAGGCGGAGGCGGAGGCCGCGGAGGAGGGGUCGGAGGAGGACGAGGAGGAGGAGGACGAGGAGAGGCCGCCGGAGGAGCGCGCGGCCGAGGGCGACGCGGAGGGCGGGGAGGCGGAGGGCGGCGAGGGCCGGGAGCGGGGCUCCGUGUCUUACUAUCCGCUGCGCCAGGAGUCCAGCACCCAGCAGGUGGCGCUGCUGCGGCGCGCGGACAGCGGCUUCUGGGGCUGGUUCAGCUCCUUCGCACUGCUCGGCGGCCUGGCCGCUCCAGCCAACAGGAAGCGGAUCCCCCCGGAGGAGCCAUGCGUGCUGGAGACGCGGCGGCGGCGGCUGCGCGGCGGGGGCUGCGCGCGCUGCGAGAUCCUUUUCUGCAAGAAGUGCGGGAACCUGCACAGCUCGCCGAACUACGUGGCGCACUGCGUUCUGGAGCACCCGGAUCUGCGGGAGGCGCGGGCUUCUGGAGGCGCAGGGGCUGCCGUGGGCCUUUGAGCGCCCCCCAAUCCCCGGCCUCUGUGGCCCUCCAUCCUCGCCUGACUCCAAACUCCCCGCCACCCUCUCCUCUCCCCAGACGCGGAGCGCUCUCCAGCACGUGCCUGAGAGCCGCCUUCCCGGAGCGCCCCCCUCCGAGCAGCCCAGCAGGCCCACCGCUGAUGACUGGC